UCGGUCCAUCCGCAUCUCUAAACGCACGCGAAAUUUGCCCAUAAGACCGCGAAGAGUUCGAAAAUCGCCGACAGAAUAAUGCGGACUUUUUUAGGGCCGGAUUCACUGUCAAUAGUUGCGUUUAUUACAUAAAACAAAAAAUCGUACUAACAAUGUUUAAUGCUGUCAUAACUUCGUUAAUAACAAGUUAAACAAUGGUGGUUUAUUGCAUAUCAAAUAAAGCUGUAUAUUGCCGUCGUUGAAAUUUGUUGAUAGUGACAUUUUGAAGUUGGGUGUGUGAGGAAGUGUUUCCGAUUUUUUGAACUCUCGUUUAAAUGUUUAACAUGAAAUGUCGGUUGUGUGAUGGAUAAAAUUACCGUGUGAUGUACAGUGAUGAUUUGUGAAGGUGGUAAUCAAAUGAAUUCGCUGAGGACUCAGCAUGCGCCCUAGUGGUUUUCCGCGGGAAAUCUUCGCACUUUUUGUGCAUGUGGUCUUAUCUGCAUACAUCAUCAGGGUUUAUGGUGUCAUCACUCUGGGAUCCGAAGUUUUCUGCAGUCGGAUUCCGGGGCUCACCAGCCGCCAAAGGGAUAUGUGCAGGUCCUCACCGGACGCCAUGGUCGCCGUUGGAGAUGGAAUCCGGCUGGCGACCAGCGAAUGCAAGUAUCAGUUCAGACACCAUCGCUGGAACUGCACAGGCAUCGAUAACCCCACGUCUUUCGGGCACGUCGUCAUCGUAGGCUCCAGAGAAGCUGCUUUCACGUAUGCGAUUUCUAGUGCCGGAGUGGCCUACGCUGUCACAUCGGCGUGUGCUAGAGGCAACAUAUCUGCGUGUGGUUGUGCCCCAGGUCCAAAACCCCGAGAACCAGCACCAUCUGGCUGGAAAUGGGGCGGAUGUAGCGUAGACAUCAAUUUCGGAAUGAAAUUUGCCCGAAAAUUCAUGGACGCUCGCGAACUCGAAGGAGACGAAAGAAGUCUGAUGAAUCUCCAUAACAAUAAAGCUGGGAGGAAGGCGGUAAAAAUGAGCCUUCUGACUGAAUGCAAAUGCCACGGGGUUUCCGGAAGCUGUACGAUGAAGACUUGUUGGAAAACUCUCCCAGGCUUUAGGCAAGUAGGUGAUAAUCUGAUGAAGAAAUACUACAGAGCGCGACCUGUAACGUCGGCCUCAUCUUCUCCUGGUCCAAGAGGAAUUGAUUCGUAUAGAAGGCCGCGAAAAAUACAUUUAGUUUUAAAGAAAGGAAAAAUGGCGAUCAAGAAAACACCAAAAAAAUCGGAUUUAGUGUUCAUUCAAACAUCUCCUAAUUAUUGUGAACGGGAUUUGGCGGCUGGAUCUUUAGGAACGGUUGGAAGAACGUGCAACCGAACCUCACGAGGAAACGAUGGCUGCGACCUUAUGUGCUGUGGAAGAGGAUAUAAUACACACCAGUACACCAGAACUUGGCAGUGCAGAUGUAAAUUUCACUGGUGCUGCUACGUAGAUUGUGACACUUGUAGUGAAAGAACUGAGGAAUAUACUUGCAAAUAAUUAUUUUGCUUUUAAUACUCGAGUUUUGUGUGAAUUUUAUCGUUAAUGAUCAGUAACAUUUAGUAAUGCAUCGUACUACAUUGUUUGUAAGUUACCAUGAAUAAUUGCUAUUUAAAGUUUGCCGAUGUUUCUGAUGUAUAUAAUACUCUUUGAAUACUGACUAUGUACUAUCGAAUUUGUACAGAUUUUUACGUCGAAUUAGAUAUAGGAUUACAAAGAAAAGCAUGUAAUAUUUGACAAACUAACGUAACCUAGGUUUAUAGGUAUUGCGCAAUAAUUGAUAAUUUAUUUAUUACGUCAGCAUUAUUCCUAUACCGUAAUGUGUUUUAAGCUUUG